GGUCAACAUAAAUAUGUCGUGUUUGCCUCUGUUCCUUUCUCCUCUGUUCUUCAAUCUCCAUCUCUCAACUCAUUGAAUUCUAUUGAUCAGUAUCAAAGACAGCUUCAGCAUACCACUUUAUCUAGAGAAGAAUCAUUGAUAUUCACCUCAAUAGCCAUGUCCGAGUUCACCGAAAAGAACAGACAGGUCUGGGACAACAUGUCCAAAACAUACAAAACCCGGUUCGAAAAGGGCACAAAAUUGCUAUACCGCGUGGCUCAGGAAAAGCGCCUUUGGGGUAGUGACGUUUGGGCUGACACCGAAGCCGGGCAAGGCAAGGAGAUCAAGGUGUUGGAAUAUGCAUGUGGCCCUGGCGUUAUAUCUACGGCAUUGGCGCCAUUCGCCACCAAAAUCGUUGGCAUAGACGUCGCGGACGGCAUGGUCGACGAGUACAACGCUAGCGCUCGUGAGGCCGGUUUUGAGGACAAAAUGAUUGGCCGUAAGGGUGACCUUCUGGCCGAACCCAUGCCAGAGGAGCUCUCAGGGCCAGAGUAUUCCGAUUUCGAUGUUGCGUUUGUCAGCAUGGCCCUCCACCAUUUCGAAAAGCCGGAUCUGGCCAUGAAGCGUCUCGGAGAACGACUGAAGAAGGGUGGUGUGUGUCUGAUAAUCGACGUACUUCCACAUGGCAAGCAUGACCAUAAUGCCCAUGAAAUGCACAACCCCCACCAUGAAACCGCGCACACAAUCAAGACUCAUGGCUUUACCUUGGAGGAUAUGCGCAAGCUUUAUGAAAAUGCAGGGCUUGGAAUGGGGUUCGACUAUCAAGUCAUUGAAGAACCGCUGGUUAUUGAAAGAGACGGAAAGACAUUCUCCAAGACUAUCUUCAUUGCCCGGGGCCAGCGCCAGUAAAUUCCGAUCUUUAGGGGGAUUAGUAUAAUACUUGACUAUGUAAGGUAAUGAGACAUGAAUAGCACUAUAUGUUAGGUUCUGAGCUCUACAUAUGAAAAUAGACUUGGACAUAAA